UUAUCCACCUCUUCUAUAAAAGUCUGUCAAUAGCGACCAUGGCGAGGGAACAUGGCUGAAUCCGGACCAAAGUUGGUGCUGUUCGUGUGUCCAGGUAACAUUUGCCGAUCGCCCAUUGCAGAAGCAGUAUUCAGAAAACUUGUAACUGAUCAAAACAUUUCAGAUAACUGGGCCAUUGACAGCGGUGCUGUUUCUGACUGGAAUGUGGGCCGGGCUCCAGUCCCAAGAGCUGUGAGCUGCCUAAGAAAUCAUGGCGUUAGUACACACCAUAAGGCAAGACAGGUCACCAAACAGGACUUCGCAACAUUCGACUAUAUCCUGUGUAUGGAUGAAAGCAAUCUGAAAGAUUUGAAUAGAAAAAGUAAUCAAGUUAAAAACUGCAAAGCUAAAAUUGAACUGCUUGGGAGCUAUCAUCCACAGAAACAGCUCAUCAUUGAAGAUCCCUCUUACGGGAACCAGUCUGACUUCGAGCUGGUAUACCAGCAGUGCCUCAGGUGUUGCAGAGCCUUCCUGGAGAAGGCCUGCUAGGGCUGGCCAGGCCCCGCUGUGGUCUGCAGUCAUCCAAUCCAGCUCUGCCCUUGCCUGUGCUCAAGCCCCAGUCCCCACCUGUUUCUCCACCUGACUUUACUGUUUCCUUUUUAAAAAAUAAUUGUAGGUGCAGAUCUGCUGUAUUUGCAGAAGAAUAAAUAAAUAUGCUUGA